AUGACGGCGUCAGACGCCCACGGCAUCUCGCCCAACUUUGAGUGGAACAGAGACUACCAAACCACCCUCGAAGCAAUAGCCGACACCGACCACCUCGAUCCAGACCUCGACUGGCCCCCGCUCAAAGAUGCCAUCAAGUACAAGAUCGCCGCCGCCCUCGACCUCUUCCCCGCAUCCCCACCUCCUGCACUCCACCCGGCGGCCGCCCUCAUCCCCCUCAUGCAGCAGCAACACUCCAGCGACGCCAGCCUCCUCGCAGACUCGAGCUAUACCACCAGCCCCUCGGCCGACAGCCUUGCCUCGUCUGCCUCGUUCAACAUUCACGACGCACCCACCAACCCCGCCGGCCUCGCCGCAUCCGCUGCCGAAACCCUCUCUGACCGAUUCACGCAGCAGGGCGCAUCUCAGCCCUCGCCCGAGGCCCUCGCCCUCGCCCACGGCGUCUCGCCCGCAGACGCCCAGGGCUUCUUUGCCUCCAAGUCGCAGCCGCCCGCAUCCAUGGGCUCAUCGUGGGGCCGCAGGCUCACGGCCCCGGAGCUCGACCGCGAAAAGGCCCUCGUCUUUGGCAUGCUCGACGAGUUCGACACCCAGCCCCCCUUUACCAUUCAGCGCCUCGCCGAGCUCUCGGUCCGCCCGAUGGACCUCCACCGCACCCGCGCAAAGUACCUCAACGCACUCCAGCGCGUCCUCUCGGUCACGGCCACCCGCGACGCCUUCCCCAUCGACCACUCGUCGCCCGACCCCAUGGCCAGCGGCCUGCCCCACAACACCAUCGCCGCCCCCUCUGGGCCCAUCGAUGAAGUGAGCCACCUCGCGCCCAAUGGUGCUUUUGGCGGCAUGCCCGGCGUCGGUACCGUCCGGCCGCGCUCCUCGUCGACCUCCUCGUCAACUUCGUCGUCUGCCGCCUCGGAUAGGUCGCAGGCCGCCGUCGACCGCCACAUGGAGCCCCUCUUCUCCCCCAUCCCCUUCCUGAUUCGGGAUGCGGGCCAGGAAGAGGGGCAGAGGGGGGUCGAGGCGGCGGUCAAGGAGGCCAUGGAAGAGGUGCCCGACCUCGAGCUCGGCGGCGCGGACCGGACACACCAUCUGUCGGGCGCAUCCGUGGUGCCCGACGACGGAGACGGCGUCAGUGGUGGGGUCGGUGGCGGCCAGGAUGGCUCGGCUUCGGCGGUCGCACGGCAGGGAGAUGGAGGGAUGGCCACGGCGCCGUCUAGCGAAGAGGGGCAGCAGCCGCCGCCGCCGCCGCCGCUGCAAAGUGACGUUGCCGGAGCGGGAACCGAUGUCGUCGGAAACGGCACCAAGCAGGGCACACUGUCCCACGCACCGCCUCUCACGACGUCGCACGACGCCGCCAUGCCAUCGACACCGACCGGGCCCCACCCGAGCCCUACAGAGGCAACACCACCAUCCUCGUCUGGGGCGACGGCCGAGCUGGGCGUCCCACCGGGCCGAGUCGACGAACUGGAUCUACCAUCGUCGUCGUCGCCGUCAUCGCCGUCAUCGCCGUCGUCCAUACCCUCUUCUACGACGACGACGACGACGACGACGACGACGACGACGAAAACGACGGUGGUCGAUGCAUCGACAUCGACGGCACACCGCAAGAUGCAGAACACGAUUACGCCCUUGAGCUCGACGACGCACCUGCCAGAGGUCGAGGUCGAGGGGGAGAGGGAGGUAAAGAGGCAGAGGCAUGCUGCGCAUCUCGGUCCGGAUGGCGCGGGUGGAGGGGAGCAGAGGAGGGAGGAGGAGGAUGUACAGAUGGAGUCGGACGUGUCGUCGGUGCAUGCUUCUCCACGAGAGGAGAAGCAGCAGGAGCAGGAGCAGGAGCAGGAACAGGGGAAGGGAGAGGGGGAUGGGGAUGGGGAAGUCGGAGGGAAAGAGGAGACGGAUGAGAUGAAAGAGGAUGGCGAGGAGGGUUAG